ACACUGAGCCUCCUCACAGCUGUUCGCCUUGUCCCCAUUCGCUGAUAUCUCCAAACACACCUUCUGCCGGAGAGACGGCGCAGUUCCAAACAAAUCGAGGCAGGAGCAUUAGCAACCAACUGCCCGAAACACCCCCAACCAGCCCGUGCAGCGCCAGAAGACGCACUGCAGCAGAACCAAAACACAGUCGACACUGUAGCCGGAGAAUAUAGCAUGCGAUGAACGCAUUGCGCAACAUCUUUACCUCGCGAACGCUCAACUACCUGCGCCAGAAUGGACAGAACGCGAUCCUCAACGCCACGCAGCAGCAGCCGGCCGCUGCAGUGGAGCUCUCCGAUGCCGAAGCCUCGCUGAAGCCGCGUCCCUCUCCGCUCUCCAUACCCCGGUCCAUUCUCGACGCUUGCCACUUUACCGCCAAGCCUUUCGAGGCCGGACGCACCAGUGGCCAGGCAUCCAGUGGUUCGCUGUCGCCAACAACCCUGAAGCGCUUCCGUCGCAUGCAGCGACGCAUGGAGCUGGUGUAUCGCUGCAAGCUGUGCAACACCCGCAACACAAAGACCAUCAGCGAGGAGGCCUACUACAGCGGCGUUGUGAUCCUCCAGUGCGACGGCUGUGCCGUUGAUCAUUUAAUCAAGGAUAAUCUCGGUUUAUUCACCGCCAGCGAUGGCAGCGACAGCAGCAGCAUCAGCUCCGGGAUCAGUACCAGCAAGAACAUCGAUCAGGUGCUAUCCGAGCGGCAUGCCCGCGUCCGUGUGAUCAAGGUGAACGAGCGCGGCGAGCUCAUUUAGGCAUCUAGUCAAGGCAUCAGCACUUAACCCUGAUGCCUGCAUCUCAGUCAACCUGUGAAUCGUGUCCAAGGAGGACUCACUCAGCCAGGGGGGACAGCCCACGAAGAGCAAAUGCAUCCGCACCCGCUACUGCACACCUGAACCAGCAGGCAAACAGCUUUUGUUUGCAAGAAGACAGCCGGCUAAAACUAUGAUAAAAAUGUACCAUUAAAAUCGUUGAUUGUUGAUUUGUGCCGUGAUUAAACCAACGAACGUCCCAGUGUUCGAAAUCUAUAGAAAA